AUGAUACAAGAGAACAUUCUUAUUUGGAACUGUAGAGGCAUAGUCUGUAAUGAGACUCAACGAGCUCUCGUUGAUUUAGUGCAGCUGAAGAAGCCAAAUCUGAUUUUCUUGGCAGAAACCCUAGCCAAGCCAAACCAUAUUGAAGAUCUGAUGCAUAGGCUAGGUUUUACGGGCAGGGCUUGUUACCCACAUGAGGACGACUUGCAGGGAGUUGCACUACUAUGGAGGAAUGAUAUCAGCGUCAGCGUACACACUCUUUCACCUCAUCAUAUUGAUGCAGAAAUCGGAGAUCCUGGAGGUCCGGCUCGAUACCGUUUUACUGGAGUGUAUGGUUUUGCAGCACGCAGUGAUCGUACUCGUACAUGGGAUCUGAUCCGGACUCUGAAUGCUGAGUGCUGUGACCUGCCAUGGCUUAUGGCUGGAGAUUUUAAUGAAAUUUUGUGUCAAAUAGAUAAGUCAGGUGGCCCUCCUCGUGCUGCAGCACCAAUGGCACAGUUCAGGCAGGUCAUGGCAGAUUGUGGUCUCACAGAUAUGAGCUUCUUUGGUAGCAGGUUUACGUGGUUAAAUAAGUUCACGAAGGAACGUCUUGAUAGAAGCUUUCAAUCGUUGCAAUGCAGAAUGCAAUACCCUUGUAGCAGAGUGAUCACCUUGCCUCCAAGUGAAUCAGAUCACUGUCCAAUCCUUAUUGAAGUUAGGGCGGAGAGGAGACGUAGGAAGACGGUUUGUAAGAGAUUCAGGUUCGAAGAAAUAUGGCAUGGGGAGGAGAGAUGCACUGCCAUUAUUCAGAAACACUGGUCUCAGCCCAUAACCGGAAACCUGCUGUUUCAAAUUGAGCAGAAAUCUCCACUGCUGGUCAGGAACUUCUGA